AAAAGAGGGUCUGAUCAGCUUGUUGGUUAAUUAGUUUUUUACUAUUAUCUCUUACAUUUAUACGUACACACAUAUAUAUAGAUAUAUAGCUCUGGUUAUAACUUACAUAACCCACUUUUUCUUAUUUUUUUUCUCUUUCCCACCAUCCAUCCAUUCCGUCUUUCUACUUCUCUCUCUCUCUCUCUCUCUCUCUCUCUCUCUCUCUCUCUCUCUCUCUCUUCCUCCACCAAUAUGGCACAACUACCGCCCAAAGUCCCCCACAAUUGGCCUAAUUCUUUUCCUCAUCACCAACCCACAAUGACUUCAUCCAAUUUUUUCUUUCCGGCCGCCGCCGCUUCAGCCGCCGUGCCGGAAACCCACCAACCCUCUUGGAUUGAUGAGUUCAUGGACUUCUCCUCCGCCCGCCGCGGAGCGCACCGCCGCUGCAUUAGCGACUCCAUCGCCUUCCUCGAAGCUCCGUUGUUGGCCGACGAUGAGGAGGAAACCAGAAACGAAAGUACCAAUAACAAUAAUGCGGCGAAUAAUAAUAAUAGUGGCAAUGAUAAUGCCAUGCAUGGAUUUGACCGUUUGGACGACGAACAGUUGCUGUCCAUGUUCUCCGACGACGUCUCCAUCGCCGUACCGCCGGCGACGUCAAACCCUUCCACGCCGUCCGAUCAGAACAGCAACAACGAGGAGAAAACGGUGAUGGACUAUGGUCUGGCUCCGCAGCAGCUAAAGCAAGAACCUGGCGAGGUGGAGAGUCCAUGCAUUAAUAAAUCUCAUGAACCACAACCACCAUUCCAACAGCUCUCCAACAUUGGGGAUACCAUCAUUGACCCUAAAAGGGUCAAAAGAAUUUUAGCUAAUCGGCAAUCGGCGCAGAGAUCACGAGUGAGGAAGCUACAAUACAUUUCGGAGCUUGAACGAAGCGUAACCACAUUACAGACGGAGGUAUCGGCAUUGUCACCGAGAGUAGCAUUCUUGGAUCAUCAACGCUUGAUUCUUAACGUCGAUAACAGCACCUUGAAGCAACGCAUCGCUGCUUUGGCUCAGGACAAGAUUUUCAAAGAUGCCCAUCAAGAGGCAUUAAAGAAGGAGAUAGAGAGAUUGAGACAAGUAUAUCACCAACAGAACCUGAAGAAGAUGAACAGCUCACAAACACAACCUUCUGUACACCAACAUCAUCAUCAUCAUCAACAACAACAACAACACCAACACCAGCAGCAGCAGCAGCAGCAGCCGCCGAGCGCUGACUCCAUGGUUUGUACGGACACGGAGCAGCUUCUUAGCUAGUUUAAUUAACAGAGAAAGAAAAAAAAAAUUGCAACUGGGGGAUCUGCUAAUUUCACGUGAUGUGUUGUUACUGCUGUCUCUUUGCUUAGUUCUUAUUUCUUUGGUGGGGCCCGGCCACACGACAAACUCGAAGUUUGAAGGACACGUGGACGCCUAUGAUUGGAUGGAAGAUGACAACAAUUGUUUUUUUUUUUAAUUUUAAAUUUAACCUAAUAAUUAUUUUUUAAAUAUAUAUAUAUAUAUAUAUAUUAAUUGUGGAAAUGUUGUCUGUGUGUAAUUUUUUUAUUGUUUUAUUUGGAGUGGAGGAAGAAGGGUUAUUAGU